GCGAAGCUCCGAGCACCUUGGGGGAAACGGAAGUCGAUCCCGUCCCACUCGGCUACAAUGUUUUUCCGCCAAGUAUAACGAGAAAAAGCAUUGAAUCAAAAAGGAAAAGAAAAAAGUUAACAAAAUACAAAACUACCCCGCGAAACAAACGUCAAUUUGAUUAUCCUGAUCGGUUUUUUUUUUUUUUUUUUUGUUCUUUUAAUUCAUUUUACACUCUUCCUUUUUUAUUAUUAUUAUUAUUAUUAUUAUUAUUAUUAUCACACGCACGUUAUACGAGGAAAAUUGCGCUUCAUGCGGGCGAAAGAUACUCAAACGAAACGACAACCACGAGCCGCAAUAACCGCCGCGAUCAUAUUGCAUCGAUUCUGCAAGGCCUUCGACCUGAAUUUUAGCACACAGAGCCCAGAAUCGCGAUUCGCAACUAUAAUCGACGGUUGCGGUUGAGAAAUGGGCAACUAAUCAGCCUCUAGAGGCGAUAACUCGAGUCUAAUCGUCGCGGGUUCCUGCCUCGAAAUCGGCCCAAUUUUUCGCCACAAGGCCCAAACUCAGGCGGAAGAAAAAACCGAAUCUCCAAGGCGUCAAGUCCAACGGAACAAUGGUGUACAGAGGAAAUCUGCAGACGGACGAUCCAAGGGACGCUCCUAAGCUGCUCCGCAUGGCGCCGUUGCGCGCGAGUGGUCCGAGAGUCCCAAAAUCGGGCCCACCGGCCGUCGGAAAUAGUGAAACGGACUCGCGGAGGGGGGAUGAAAGGGGCUGCGCUCGUUCCAACGGUCCCAAAAUCGGCGUUCCGAGGCUGCGGAACAUAAACCAAAUCCGAGAAACGGUUUUCGUCGACGGUUCGCUGACGCCGAUCGAGCUGAUCGGCAGGGGGGGUGGUCGGCCAUUAUCUGCUACGGUUCCUUCGGAAGUCGAGGCCGCAAAAAACGCGCGCAACUUCCGGCCGCAGAGCACGAUGUUGGCGAACCUGCGAGACCUGGAGAGGCUGCGAAACACGCCGCCGUCCGAGCGGUGCGGAAAAAUCGGCAGAUCGGCGAACUCGACGGACGUGAAACUGCUCUCGAGGAUGGCGGCGACGGAGCUGCGAAACGCGACCGGAAAUCCGAGCCGCGAGGCGCUCAAAAUUCAGUCGGAUAUAUCCAGGAUCCAACGGAUGUUCGAGGGAUCGAUCGGCGCCGGAUAUCAACCGGUUAAGAAGGUAGAUCAGGGAAAUCGCGAGGCUGCCAGACGUAUUAAACCGAGACCGGAAGUAACAAGGCCGAGGAUUUUGACCAAGGAACUUACGGACGCGCGCAAAGAUACGAAAGCGGAAAAAGUCUGCGGCUCGAAGCCUCCGAAACACGCGGCCAGACCGCAAUCAGGGGCCCUCGAAUCGUCGUCGAAGAAAUCGGAGGCCCCCUUGGUUCCGGUAAGGAGACGGAAGGAGGUCCUGCGGGACAGAGCCGAUCCUGCUAUCGUCGUGGAUUUGACUCGCGGCCAAAAAAUUCCGCCGGGUAAUCGAUUUGACGAUUCGAGGAGCGAAGAACCUGCGACGAACUCGAGGACUCAACCGGUUCAGGCUCUUCAGCGACCCGACAUCCUCGAAGGACUCGUCAAGGAGUCGGAUCGGCAGAUCGCCGAUCUUCAGCAGGACAUUAACGCCAGGAGGAGCAGACCGAGGAGCGUUUGGCGCGGCAUGGUUCAGUCAAUGAGGCUUCACGACGUCGAGCUUCAUUCCGACAACGAGGAACAGCACAAAGACAUCAACUUGUGGAACAAGAGCAUAAGCCAGCGGUGGCGAAAGCUGAGACGAAGAUGCUCGGUCCAGGAGAUUCCGGAGCCUCAGGAGUCGCUGAUUCAAGGUGGAGGAGCGAGCAGAGGAGUUAUCCAGGCGGUGAGAUCGACGCCGACGAGCCGGGAAGUCUCGCCAGCCGCGAAAUCCCUGGAGGAAAGGUCCUCGCCGAAGAAAAUCCUGCAAACCAGUUCCCUCAGGCUGCCAGGUACCUCGAAGGGUCUGUCGGACAUCCAGCAGGUGCUGCGGAGUAAGUUCAGCAAGAUAAACGCCGGUAUCCGAAAACGUAAGGCAUUGAGUGUGACGGAGGUCUUCCCAGCGGGGGCGAAGGACGCGGGUUCGAGUUUCUACGUCCCGAGCCCUUUGAGCACCUCGGCGAGCCAGGGAUUCCCAGCGGGAAGUUACUCGGACCCGGAAGACGGGCCCAUGUCCCUGCCGCCGUAUCCCUUCCACGACAACCUCGAGACCCUUGCGGAAACCAGCGUCCCAAAUUCGCCGCGUUUCAAUGGGCCCCCUCAGGUUUCCCGGAGCUUUGCGGAACUCGACGAGCAACAGAAGAACGUCGCCUUCGGCCGGCCGGCGCGCGGCGCGUUGCACAGAAGCAACUCGGAGCAUCGGGGGGAACGUGAGGCCCCCGAGGUGGGGGGCCUGUUUCGGGGUCCCAGGGGGCGCGGGCCCGCCGAAGGGGACUGCGGCCUGGCCCGAAGUCACUCGGAGACGCGGGACAGCCACUCGUACGAGAACGUCAGCUUCCAGCGUGUCUCAAAGUCCAGGAACCACUCGGACUCGACCUACGAGAGCGUUCACAUCCCGAGGGUGACGCCCAGGAAGAGGACCACUGAGUUCAAGAUCGGGGGCCAGGUCUCGGGGCCCAAUCAGGCUAGUCCUUCGUCCGUUUCCGGUUCCGUCGGCGUUCUGACCUCCCUUGACGAGGGACCAUCGAGUCUUGGUACCCGCAGGAGUCCUGCUGGAAAGAAAAACGGACGGAGAUUGAACAGCCGCAGUGUUGCCAAUAUUCCAAACUCAUCAGGGAACGGCCUCAAGGUUUGGCAGGGUGCUCAGGAUACCGACGAGGGUCUAAACUCCGACUCUGAACUUGAGGACAUCGACGAGAGUCUCGAGGGCGAAGAGUCGAGGUUCUGCACUCUACCGAGACCGGGGAAAGGUGGAGUUUCCUUCACGAUAAUGACUGCCAGGUUCCUGAAGGGCCCCGGUCACAAGGUUCUCGGCUUCAGCAUCGUCGGGGGCACUGACAGCCCUCGAGGUAACAUGGGGAUCUACGUCAAGACGAUAUUCCGUAACGGACAGGCCUCGGAUCUGGGAACCGUGAAGGAAGGCGACGAGAUACUGUCGAUAAACUCGAAGCCUCUCCACGGCAUGACGCACGCCGAAGCGAUUGCCGAAUUCAAAUCCGUCAAAGCCGGAGACGUCGUGCUUCACAUCGGACGUCGGGUUUCGAGACGUAAACGAGAAUCCUUAUCCUUGGCACCGGCUACCGGGACCCCAUUGCAGGCGGUUAAUUAGUAAAUAAGAUCGAGCGUCGAUAUCGAAUCGGAAAAACGCCCAUCGACAACUAUACAACAGUUAAAUACCCAAGCUUAAACGUUACUAUACCUGCAUUCAUACAUAUACCAUAAGUAUGUAUAACACGUACGACAAGCAAUCAUAUCAAAAUUCAUUAAUCACAUAUAUGAUAUAUAUAUAUAUCUAUACUAUAAUAAACGUCUCGCGUAAUCUCAAUAUACACGUACACAGGUACGCGCUAUAUAAGUAUAUUAUAAACAAAUACACACCUAUGUAUAAUAACUAUUCGUACUCUAGAUAUUAAUCGUAAGUCAGAGUUCGCUGAGCUUCCCAGUUCGGUCCGACUUCCGACGAUUAUUACAGGUGGUACGUGCGGUGUAUAAUUGUGUGAAAGAGAAAUAUUCCGAAAUCAGAUUCUUCUCAUCGGUUAUGCGUAUACACGGUAUAAUAUCGAUGUGUAGAUGUAUUAUUUAUAUGCAUACGCGGGGGAACGUAGAAUAUUAUCGAUGCUGCUAUUGUUGUUAAAUUAUUAUUACUAUUAUUGUUGUUGAUAUUAUUAUUAUUAUUAUUAUUAUUACCGAUAUACCGAUAGGAAAUAGAAUAUGUCAGUUUUUUGAGCAACGAAUAACGGUGUGUGAUGGAACAUACUGGGAAGCUGAACAAAUUUACCGGGCCGAUCGAUUUCCGAUCUUGAAAUAAAAAAAAAAAAAAAAUUAACUAUUUGAAAGGAAAAAGAAAAAAGAAGAAAAAAAAAGAAACUAGAAAAAAUCUGAAAAAAAAGUCUACGAUGGUGAAAAAUCCGACGGAAGAUGAAGCAAUGAAAUUUAAUCGUUGAUAUUGUAUCAUUAUUCUCAUUGUCGAGACGAAAUGGGCGCUUAUAGUUUUUUUUUUUUUUCCAACUAACUAACGAUACGAAUAUCUCUAUGCAUCUGUACUUCAUAUAUACUUAAUCAUUGACGGAUAUGAAUUAAUAAUCACGAUCGUAUAUAUUUGUAUUAAAACGAAAGAUACGAAUAGUCGGUAAAUUUUUGUCCGGAUAAAAUUGGUAAGGGAACAGAAUGUUUUUUUUUUUUCUUUUUUUCUUUUUUUUUUUUUAACACACUUUGAAAUAGUUACGCAAGGAAAACCUUCCUUUUUUUUUUUCUCGGUGCAAAAUAUCCUAGACGACGAAGGCCUACUUGUUAGUGAACGAUUAGUUUUGUAUAAGUGAAUAAUUAUGGUUUUGUUAUACAAUAUAUAUAGUGGUAGGUAUAGUAUUAUAUAUGUAUAAGCAAAUAGUCGCAGUGUGCGAUGACGAUGAUGAUGAUGAUGAUGAUGAUGAUGAUGAUCAUCAGGAAAUCCAAAGUCCAAACUACAAUUUAAGAACAAACGAAUUAUUUUAUAUUAACCGUUUAUAGUUACGUAGAUUUAAACGACACAGAGCUCGCCCAAAGAUGAAGCCCAAAAAUAUUUUUACAAAAAAAAAAAAAAAGGCAAAACACGCAGAAAAAAAAGAACAACAAUCACGUUUUUGUAAACAAACAAAACAAAAAAAAAAAAAAAACAAAAAACAAAAGUGAAUAGAGAAAAAAAGAAGAGAGAUAGAGGAAGAUUGAAAUGUUUAGUAGCUAUACAAACGACGUAUUGAAAAAUAUGAGAGAAAGUUUUUAUAUUUUGUAAUAACGACACAAAUAAUAAUCGUAAUUAACAAAACGAUGAUCAAAACAAAACCUCGAAAUAUAUAUACGUGUUUAUUUUAAGACAUAUACAAUAUUCAUAUACGU